AUGCUAGCAGCAUCAGGAUCUCCCGUAGGAGCAGCAGCUCCAGCAGCUCCAGCAGCAGAAGAAGCAGCAGCAGCAACACCAACAGAUGCAGCAAGAGAAGCAGCAAUACAAGCAGUAGCAGCAGCAGCAGCAGCAGCAAUGGAGGAAGACCCUGAUGCAUUAGACGAAGAAGAUGAUGGUCUCCCUGAUGAGUUACAUUUUCCAUCAAUGGAGGCAGCACGUGAAUGGAUGGAGGAGCAGAAGGCAAAAGGAGAAUUUUUCUUUGUAUUAGUAAGGACACAUAAGCCUAAGCAGCCAAGGAAGGGAGUAAGAAGGAAUAUAUCACCAGGAGCAUCAGGAGCAGCAGCAGCAGCAGCAGGAACAGCAGCAGCAGCAGCAGCAGCAGCAGCAGCAGCAAACCCUAAUAUACCUGUAUAUACACUUACUUAUAGAUCAGCAGCAGCAGGAGGAGAGAGUAAUGAUGGGGGACAAUUGAUGGAUAUAACAAGGAAUGAUCCUUCUUCUUCUUCUUCUUCUCCUGCAGCAGCAGCAGCAACAACAACAACAAGAAAAACAACAACAACAACAACAACAGCAGCAGCAGCAGCAGCAGCAGCAGCAGCAGCAGCAGCAGGAGCAGCAGGAGGAGGACUAAUAAGCAGCAGCAGCAAUUUACGUGAUAUAGAGAAAAGUAUAUUUUGUUUACAAGAAAGUUUACAAAAAAUAAGAAGAAGAAUAAAAGACAGAAAAAAAAAAGAAGAAAAAGAAAAAAAAGAAAAAGAAGAAGAAAAAGAAAAAGAAAAAGAAGAAAGAAGAAGAAGAAAAGAAGAAGAAAAAGAAAAAGAAAAAGAAAAAGAAAAAGGAGAUAAAGAAAAAAAAAAAGAAGAAAAAAAAGAAGAAAAAAAAAAAAGAAGAAAAAAAAAAGGAUUAAUACCUCUGCAGCAAAUAGAGGAAGAAGCAGCAGCAAUUGCUGCACAACUGCAGCAACUAAUUACUAUUAGAUCUAUUAAAUUACAAGGAUGCAGCAGCAACAAGAAUAGCAGCAGCAGCAGCAGCAGCAGCAGCAGCAGCAGCAGCAGCAGUAACAGCAGCAAGAGUAAUAGCAAGAAUAGCAGCAACAGUAAUAUACCUGAAUUGCUGCAGCUGCAGCAGCAGCAGCAGCAGAUUGUCCCUGCUGCUGCUGCUGCUGCUGCUGCUGGUAGGAAAUUGGAUACAGAAUCAGAAGCAGAAACAGAGGAGACAGAAAAGGAGACAGAAAAGGAGACAGAGGAGGAGGAGGAGGAGGAGGAAGAAGAAGAAGAGGAGGAAGAGGAGGAGGAAGAGGAGGAAGAAGAAGAAAAGGAGACAAUAAAGGAGACAAAAGAAGAACGUAAUAAAAGACAACAACAAGAAAGAAUACAAAGAGCAAAAAAAAGAGAACAACAAAAAAAUAUAUACUCACCAGCAGCAACAGCAGCAGCAGCAGCAGCAGCAGCAGCAGCAGGACCCCAGCAGCAGCAGCAGCAGCAGCAGCUACCAUCUCCAACCGCACAACCAACAACAGCAGCAACAACAGCAACAAUACCAACAACAGCAGCAGGAGCAGGAGGAGCACCGGAAUCAGCAGCAGCAGGAGCAGCAGCAGGAGCAGCAGCAGGAGGAGGAGGAGGAAGUGAUAAUAGGGGUGGGAGGAAAGGUGCAGCAGCAACAGCAGCAGCAGCAGCAGCAGGAAGGGGAGGGGGAGAAUGGGGUAUAUCUAUGGCAGAAGAGUUGGUGGAUACAGAUGAGGAAGAAAAAGAUUAUAAAAAGGAGACUGCUGCUGCUGCUGCAUGUGCUGCAUCUGCUGCUGCAUCUGCUGCUGCUGCUGCUGCUACAGCAGCAAUUGCUGCAGCAGCAGCAACAGGUAACAAUACAACAGAUGCAACAAAAGCAGCAGCAGCAGCAACAACAACAGCAACAAUUGACGAAAAAGAGAUCGAAGAAAUGCUUGAGCAGCAGCAGCAGCAGCAAAGAAGACGCAGCAGCAAAUUAAUCUUAUUAAAAAGAGACAAACAGCAGCAAAAGAGGAAGUCUCCUCGUCUAAGAGAUUUGCUGCGCCAGUCUACUCCUGCUGCUGCUGCUGCUGCUGCUGCUGCUGCUGCUGCUGCUGCUGAUGGUGGUGGUGGUAGUAAGAAGGGUUCACCAAGAAGUACAAGAGGAAGAAGAAGAAGAGGGAGAGGUGCUGCUGCUGCUGCUGCUGCUGCUGCUGGUAGGCGUAAGGCACAAGAAAAACAAACAGCAGCAGCAGCAGCAGCAGCAAAAGAAGGAGAAGCAGCAGCAGCAGGAAAAGGAGAAGGAGAAGCAGCAGCAGCAGCAGCAGAAGCAGAAGGAGAGACACAGAUAAGUGUCUCUAAUACAGCAGCAGAUACAGAAGGAGAUGGUCUCCAUAUAGAAGACAAUAAUCAACAAGACAGCAGCAGCAGCAACAGCAGCAGCAGCAGCAGCAGCAGCAGCAGCAGCACGUGUGGGGCCCCAAAGGAUGCAGCAUGGGUAGCGUUAGCAUCUUAUUUCUUAAGGCAGGCAAGAAGAUCAGAGGAGGAGGAAGAAGAUAUUCUCUCCUAUAGGGCCUCGCAAGAAGAGCAGCAGCAGCAGCAGCAGCAGCAGCAGCAGCAGCAAGAGCUGCAGCAGCAGCAGCAAGGGGAGGAUACAGCAAUAGAUAAUGGGGAGCAGCGCAUGCAAAUUACUGACAAACGUUAUAGCCUCCCCUAUAUGAGCAACAGCAGCAACUGCAGCAGCAACUGCAGCAGCAGCAGCACCACCUACUGCAGCAGCAGCAGCAGCAGCAGCAGCUGUUUGCGGUAUAGAAUAGAGUCUGGUGAUGAAGGAGAGCGCAGCAACAAAAGAAUACGUCAUCGUGAAUAG